CUUUUAUUAUUUGGUUUUGGGCUUUUUGUUUUGUUUCUGGGUUUCUGGGUUUUCUCUAUUUCCUUCCAGAAAAUCUUGCUCUCUAUGUUUUCUAGAACCUCUCUGCUAUAAAUAGAUGAGUGCCUUUAGUUAGGGUUUUCAAGCAUUUUAAAGAAGCUCUGGACUGUCCAGUGUCCACCAGAUAUAGCUGAGAGAAAGAGGAGAGAGAGAGAGAGAGAGAGAGAGAGAGGGAGGAGUAGACUGAAAGUAGUAGUGUAGUGUUGUUAAGCUUUUCUCUCCACAGAGAGGAGGGAGAGUGUGGGAUAUGGUAAGAGAAUCAAGUGGAGAAAGAGAGAUGGUGAUGAAACCGGCGUGGCUUAAUGGGCUUAUGAGUGAGACAUUUUUUGCUGGUUGUGGGGCCCACGAGACUCGAAGGAAGAACGAGAAGAACAUUUUUUGCUUGGAUUGUUGUCGAAGCAUUUGCCCUCACUGUGUUCCUUCCCAUCGAUCUCACCCUCUCCUGCAGGUGAGACGAUAUGUUUACCACGACGUGGUCCGAUUGGAUGACCUGGAGAAGCUCAUCGACUGCUCCUUCGUCCAGCCUUAUACCAUAAACAGUGCCAAAGUGAUAUUCUUGAACCAGAGACCUCAAUCAAGGCCGUGUAAGGGCUCUGCCAACAUCUGCUUCACUUGUGACAGGAUUCUCCAAGAGCCAUUCCACUUCUGCUCUCUUUCAUGCAAGGUAGAUCACGUGGCGGUACAGGGAGGAGAUCUGUCCAGCAUCCUAUACAGGUUCGAUGAAUCCGACUUUGCAUUCUCGCAAUUCGAGGGGCUACGAAUGGACGGCUCUGAUCUCUUGGAGGAUGACGGUCAGAUCACCCCCAACUCGAUCCUAGAGGACCCACUAGACUUCAAGGGCUCCUCUUGCUCUAGCAACCCUCAGAGGGGGAAUUCCAAUUCUGAGGUGGUGAAGAAGAAGAAAGGAAGUGGAUUUCUCCCGGGAAUUGUCCUCUCUUUGAGCAGCAGAAGAAAGGGUGCCCCUCACAGAUCUCCCCUAUCUUAGAAGCAAAAAAAUUGAACCAUUUCCAAAUCACUCUCUCUCUCUCUCUUUUUAAUUAACUACUUUAGUACCCCCCACCCCACCCCACCACACCCCCCUCUCUCUAUAUAUAUUAGAUGUUGUCAUUAGGGUUGGCUUAUGCUCCAUAUUUAUUCACUGUAGCAAGUUUGCACCGUAUAUUCUCGUAGAAGCGGCAUAUAUGGGCUUAUUUUUCUUCUCCUUUCUUCCUUUCUUCCUUCCUCUUCCAAAGCGCUUACUUCCAUUACUGACCUCCGGCAAUGGCCGUAGAGAGACCGUGUAAUUGCAGGCUCUUCAUGGUUAUGCCAAUUUUGUAUCCAUGUACUGGAAUUUGCGCUCGUAAAUAUAAUAUAAAUUUCGGUUCGGCUUGUA